CAGGGAGGGUCUGUUCAGCCCUGCGGCACCGCAGGGACACGGUGGGUGUGUUUUCCUGAACCAACCUUCAGCAAAUAUCCCCGAUCCCCAUCGGAAGCACAGCCGGGGGUCUGCGGGCAGCUCAGGGAGCCCGGGGGGCUCUGCCUCCACAGCAGCUGCAUUUAACUCAGGUCCCUCUCUUCUCCUGCAGAACUGACACCUAAACCCACUGCAGCAGAACCGAGAUGGAAACCAUGCACGAGCUGAUCCCCUUCGCCAAAGAAAUGCUGAGCCAGAAGCCCAACAGGAAGAUGGUCAAGCUGUACAUGCUGGGCAGCGUGCUGGCGUUCUUUGGGGUGGUCAUCGGGCUGGUGGAGACCGUGUGCAGCCCCUUCAGCUCCGAGGCCAGGCUGGAGGACGAGGAGGACAAGAAGCGGCCGGCGGCAGCCCGGGAGCAGCGGCUGCGGCAGAAACGGGAGGAUUUGGUGCUGGAAAAGGCCAAGGCAGCCCCGGCGCUGCAGAGAGCCCUGGUGACCCGGCACCACGCGUCCUAGGCCGGCCCAGCCCCGCACACAGACUCUGCCCGCACAGCUGCUCCCAGCACCAGGAGAAGGCUCGGCUGAAGGAUGCUGCACGUGUGAGACUCGCCAGAAGUGAAGGGUUUUAUUUGCUGCUGUGCAGCAGUGGGGAAAAAUACCUUUUGUUGGUAUAAAGCUGUGCACGAUGCACAGCGUGGUUUCUUAUUUUUCUAAGGACGCGUUUUACACCAUUUUGCAAGAUCAAUAAAUGUUUUAUACGGUA